AUGAACUCACCGAAAAUCCUACAAACCUCUCGUCGUUCAAGAGGUUAUAGAAGCCUAAGUAAUGAGAUUUCAGGUGAAGCUGACAUAGAUCCCAGUGUUAGCACAAACAAUACAAUCAGAAACGAAGAAGUUUACAAAAAAGUCAACAAACGUAACAGUGUAAAGGAAAGAACCGUCGAGGAAAAGACGAACGACAGUCGGUCAGAAUGUAAGCCUGUAAAUUCUAAGGAUAAUAAAAAUUAUCGAAAAUCAUUGAGUACAUAUAAAACUCUGCAGGUUUACGAUGAACUGAAUAAUAGACUCUCUACAAAUCGGUCUUCAGCUAUAAUGAUAAAUGAUAAUAAAAAUCAUGAAAAGCCUGGUACACUGCAUAAACUACUACUCAGCCUUCCAAUUAAUCGUAUUAAAAAGGAUCAUUUGUGCACAACACAAUCAGCUCCGUGUUCACCAAUAUUUAUGAAAAAAGAACAGGUUAACAUUACUCAUAACUUACUGAAUGUAGAAAGAAUUACUUCACCAUAUCUAAAAAAGAAGAAUAACAUCCAUUUGAAUCCAUUAAAUGAAACUGCCACUACACGACCAUCUACAUCAUCACCAUUAACAGCCAAUUUAAAAUACUUAAAUGAUAAUUUAUCGAUUCAUCGAAAUAAAUCAAAAUGUCAAAAAAUCAAUAACGGUAUUAGCAGCAAUCACAAUAAGCUAAAUAAUCUGCCAUUAACUCAAUUAGAAUUAAAUAUACAACAGUUUAAAAUGAUCCGUAAAAAAUUAGAUGAGCAGCAAGUAAACAGCAAUCAGAAUGAUGACAAGCUAAAACAUAUGAAGACCCCAUUGAAUAAUGAGUGCAGCAAAGCUCAGAAACAGAUAAGAAUCCUUGGCUCCAAAACUGAUUUAAGUACAUCGUACUCACAAGGUGUCAAACGCCUUGAAACACCACCACCAAGUUAUUCUGAUUUGGAAAUAUUAAAUUCAUCCUCUCGAGAUAAUUUACUGACGAAGAAUACUGACAAAUCAAACUUUACACUGUUAUCAACAAUCGAUGAUCAAGUGCACAUUUAUAAUCGCUCAAUUCAUCCAACGGAGACUGAUAAAAACCAGUUAAUCAAUAAACAUUCAAAUGAUAACUAUAAUAUUGAUAAAUGUAAUUAUAUGACCACAAAUAUGAUUCCUUCUAUUUCCAGUGCAGAUUAUACAAAUUAUUCAAAUAGUUAUACACUGAACCUAAGACAUAAUGCAAGUGAACGUUUUGGUAUGCGGUUGGAAAGAACGAAAGGUGUAAGACAAGUAACCUAUAUAGCAAUGAUAUUACCAAGAUCACCAGCUCAGUUAGCUGGUCUAAAAGUCGGUGAUCGAUUAAUUCGUGUCAAUGAGCUGGAGACAGAUCAAAUGCUUCUGGAGGAUUCAAAUUCAUUUGGGUAUUAUUUUAUGCAAAGGAAUUUUACAGUGUUUUUCCUUGAUGAUAAGGGGUUCACUGGAUUCUCACCAGCAAGAUAUUUGGAAUUCUUUUCAAAGCAAACUAAAUACAUACGUUAUCAUCAUUUCUUCUGGAGUGAAUAUAUUUCACCUUAA